AUGCACGGGGUGCUAAAAGGCGUCGGCGUAUCCGGAUCGAACCCAGAUGACAGCAGGUCGCUUGGCGAGGUAUACCAUGUGUUAUUUCUUUACCUUCUACGAUAUCCAACCAGAAAUGCCUCCACGAGCGGAAUUGGCAUACGUAUACCAGCAUAUAGAUCUAUACGAUGCAUCCUUUCCGGAACCACCGAUGAAUAUUGGGAUCUCUCCACGCAGUGGUGCGCUCUCAUCUUGUCCCAACCACCCAAAGCCGACGACCCAGACACAACGCAAGAGAUCAUGGAUAGCUUGAAAGAAAGUUUCAAGUGCCUCCAAUACACCCGAUUGCCCCAACCGACUCGCUGGCAGAAGACACUCUUCGCCUCGAAUACCGACCACAUUGGCUCAAAUCCCCCCAUGCGUCACCAAGAGAUAGGCUGGCGCUUUUAG